AUGAAAGCAGGUUCACACUGGAGCACAUGUGACAGAAUCUGGGGCUCCAGACGCCGGGGGGGCCCCACACACUGCCACGGUGCCGCCACCGGCUCACCUUACAGCCUGUGCAUCGCUCUCUUCAGAGAUUUCUGGCAUGAUAUCUGUAAAGCGCGGUCUAAGAAGUCCAAGCUGUCCAUAGACAAGUCCACAGAGACAGAUAAUGGCUAUGUGUCUCUGGAUGGGAGGAUAACCUGUAAGAGUAGUGAGGAGAGGCUCCAGCUCCAUGAUGGAGGAUCUCACCACUGUGACCUGCUGCUGAGGUCAGACGAGACGUGUUGGACCGCACCCCCGCCUCCCAACACUCUGCUGCUGCCCCCCGUCACCAAGGAGACCCAGAGCCGUGGUGUGGGUGUGGAGAACAUGUCUGAUGAGGCAUCUAGUGAGGAGGAUCCUGAAGCGUCCUACACCGCCAUCCGUAGGGGCGUGCGCAUCAGCAGCGACUGCACGCUGCGCAACAGGAAGCCACAUCACUACAAGAAACACUACACCAUCAACACUGAGGAGACUCCUAAGUCCGGUACCAGCUGUAGUUCUCGGUGCUCCAGCCUGCGGACCCAGGACUCAGAGAGCACCAGACAUGAGUCAGAGACAGAGGACCUGCUGUGGGAGGACUUCCUGCACUGUGCUGAGUGUCGCUCCUCCUGCACCAGCGAGACAGACGGAGAGGGAGCUGCAGUCUGCCCUGCUACCAAGAAGGAGUACAGAGAUGACCCCUUUCACCAGGGUCAUACAUGGCUACACAGCACCAACCCCGGUCUGGAGCGGGUCAGUGCCAUCGUCUGGGAGGGGAACGACUGUAAGAAGGCUGACAUGUCUGUCCUGGAGAUCAGCGGUAUGAUCAUGAACAGGGUCAACCUGUACACCCCAGGUAUUGGCUACCAGGUCUUUGGUAACCUGGUGUCAGUGACUCUGGGCCUGACGCCCUUCGCCUAUAGGCUGUCUCAAUACAAGGACCUGGAACAGCUGACACAGCUCUCAGCCAAUGAGCUCAUCUCUGUGGCGUUCGGCUCCUCCUCCGACGUCAUGGUGAUCACCAUGGUAACGCUCAGCUUCAUGGUGCGCGUCUGUCUCAUCUGGCUCUUCUUCUUCCUGCUCAGCGUGGCCGAGAGGACAUACAAACAGAGGCUGCUAUUCGCCAAGCUGUUUGGUCACCUGACGUCGGCACGGCGAGCCAGGAAGUCGGAGGUGCCUCACUUCCGUCUGAAGAAAGUCCAGAACAUUAAGAUGUGGCUCUCUCUGCGCUCAUAUCUCAAGAGAAGGGGUCCUCAGCGGUCGGUGGAUGUGAUCGUGUCCUCUGCCUUCCUCCUCACCCUCUCUGUAGUCUUCAUCUGCUGUGCUCAGUUGCUCCAUAUCCACCACACCUUCCUGGAGUGUCACUAUAACUGGGAGCUGGUGAUCUGGUGUUCUUCUCUGUCUCUCUUCCUGCUGCGCUUUGUUACCCUGGGCUCAGAGACCAGCAAGAAGUACAGCAACACCUCCAUCUUACUGACAGAACAGAUUAAUCUGUACCUGAAGAUGGAGAAGAAACCAAACAAGAAGGACGAUCUGACAUUAGUCAACAACGUACUGAAGCUGGCCACCAAGCUAUUGAAGGAGUUGGAUGCUCCAUUCAGGCUGUAUGGUCUGACCAUGAACCCUCUGCUCUACAACAUCACCCAGGUGGUCAUCCUGUCUGCUGUGUCCGGGGUCAUCAGUGAUCUGCUGGGCUUCAACCUGAAGCUCUGGAAGAUCAAAUCAUGACAGUAAGCUGAUCAGGUCACAGCUGGCUCUGGAAGAUGUCAUACAUUCUCUCACCACACAAGGGCGCUGUUGUCCUUUCGCUCACGGAC